AUGCCUGCGCAAUUUAUGGGCUGCCGGGAUACCCCGAAGUCAGUGAUUCGGGAGGGCCUCUGUGCUCGCGUGAAUGCGCUGUCCACAGAGAGCCCGGCCGCUGCGGAUGUAGUGAUUCUUCACGAAGACUAUCAUCAAGUCGAGUAUGAACUUGAUUGCAUGCAGCA